AUGAGAUGGAGAGUAAAUAUUAAGGAGACACUCUUGCUAACCCGCCUGGAUAACAUCACUGAUGAGGAACUGGAUAGCUGUAAGUUCUUUCUUCCAGAUGAGUUUAAUAUUGCCACAGGCAAACUACACACUGGAAACAGCACAAGUAGCCAACUUGAUGAUUUAAAAUGCUGGCCUGGUGUCUGCAGUGAGGAAGACCGUAUUUUUCAGAAGUUGAAUUAUAUGCUUGUGGCAAAAAGUCUUCGGGAAGAGGUGGAAACGGGUAUAUGUGGGAGUCCCACAUCUCAGUUAAGACUUGGCCUUUCCUUUCAUGGCAUUUCUGGGAAUUAUUGA